CUGUCCAUCACCCAGGCUGAACCCCUGGCAGCAGUUCUGCUGCCAGAGAUCAGGCAACUCCUUGUGGAAUUUCGUGAGACUCGAGCGGACACCCAAGCCCAUCAGGUCGAAACCCGUGCAAACAAUCGAGUGGUUAUGACCCGACUUGCUGCAAUCGACACCCAACUUGGGGCCAUCGACACCCGACUUGGGGCCAUCGACACUCGACUUAGGGCCAUCGACACCCGACUUGCGGCCAUCGACACCCGACUUGAGGGUAUAGGCACUCGAUUAGAUCAGAUGUGA